AUGGCAGCAGCAUCUGUGUCUGAGCUCAGAGCUGUCCUGCUGGGGAACAGCUGGUCUGAGAGGAGCUCAGUGGGAAACUUUAUUCUGAGAGAGAACAAGUUCAACCCUGAGGAAGAACUGGACCGAUGUGUGAGAGUCAGUGGACACAGUCAAGGGAAAGAAAUAUUUCUCAUCAACACUCCAAAUCUGCUUCAUCCAAACAUCUCAGUGGAGAAAUUAAAGGAACAUGUGAACAACUGUGUGAGGCUCUCUGAUCCUGGACCUCAUGUGUUCCUGCUGGUUCUACACCCUGAAGACUUCACUGAGCAUCAAAAAACGAGACUCUGCAGAGUCCUGAACUUCUUCAGUGAUCAUUCCUUUGAUCAUUCACUGGUUCUGAUAUCACCACCCAGAGAGAGGCGUCUGGGUUUAUGGACAAGACAAAGACAUUCAGAAUCCAUCAGGAUGGUGCUGCUUGGAAAAACUGGCAAUGGAAAAAGUGCAACUGCAAACACCAUUUUGGGCAAAAAGGUGUUUUUAUCCAGAGUCAGUCAGAUUUCUGUGACCAGAGAAUGUCAGAAAGCAGCAGGAGAGAUUGAUGGAUGUCCUGUUGUUGUGGUCGACACCCCCGGCUUGUUUGACACAAAACUGUCCAGUUAUGAAGUUCGACAAGAGCUUCUGAACUGUAUCAGCAUGUUGUCUCCUGGACCUCACGUGUUCUUACUGGUGCUGCAGAUCGGUCGAUUUACAGAGGAGGAAAAAGAAACUGUGAAAAUAAUCAAAGAGAUUUUUGGAAAGAAGUCAGGAAACUUCAUCAUUGUUACCUUCACCAGAGGAGAUGAGCUUGAAGACACAUCCAUUGAAAGUUACAUAGAAGAAGACUGUUCUGAUUUUGUAAAAACUCUGAUUAAAGACUGUGGAGGCAGAUACCACAUCUUCAACAACAAAGAUCCAAAAAACCGUAGACAAGUGUCAGACCUGCUGAUGAAAAUUGAAGCCAUGUUGAAAGACAAUGGUGGUGGAUACUACACCACUGAGAUGUUCCAAGAGGCUGAGGCAGCGAUACAGAAGAAAGUGGAGAGGCUGCUGAAAGAGAAGGAUGAAGACAUGAUGAGAGAGAGGGAGGAGCUUAAAAGGAAACAUGAAGAAGAAAUGCAAAAAAUAAAAAGAGAAAUGGAGGAACAGAUCUCUAAAUUUGAGUCUGAGAAAGAGCAGAGUAUGAAACAACUCAAACAGAUGGAGGAACGCAUUAACCAGGAGCGAGAA